AUGGAAAAGACGUUUUCCCGCGCAUGCGUUCGAGAACGCGGAGUUCCGAUUCGGGCGGUAGUUACCGACCUUGACGGAACUUUCCUCAACUCUUCGCACGGCGUGUCUCAAGGGAACAUUGCAGCAUGCAGGCGCCUUCGAGACAAACACAUUGCUUGCGUGUUUGCGACCGGCCGCCCGCACGUGGGCACGGUCAAAUGCAUCGGUCCUGAAAAGCUUGAGGCUAUGGGGAUGCCGGAUGCCUAUCCAGGCGUCUACAUGAAUGGCUGCGUGGUGUACGGUCCCACAGGCGAUCUGCUGCACGCGGAGUACCUCGACGCAAACCUGCAAAAGGCUGCCAUGCAACUGCUGGAGGAGCGAAAGCUCCUGAAUCGGCUGUGCGGCUACAACGAACAAGGCAUAUUUUGCAUCGAAAAGAAUCAGCACACGUGGCACACGCACGACGAAUACGACGAAGGCGCACCCUUCGUGGUGCCGUCUGGCGACGCUCUGAAGGAAAUGCAGUUUUGUAAGUUAACUGUGAAUGGGAAUCAAACCGAGGUCGCGGAGUUUCGCGCGCUCUUGGAGGACUUUGCGCACAAGCGCAACGGCCGGUGCGUCCAGCCGAUCCCCGGGAACGUCGAGCUGAUUCCCCUGACGAUUUCGAAGGCAAAGGGGCUCGAUAUCUUGUUUGCCAGCAUGCAUCUGAGGAAGGAGGAAGCCGUGGCGCUCGGCGACAGCGAAAACGACUUGGAGAUGCUUCGCCACAUAGACCUCUCUGUGUGCGUUGCAAACGGCUGCAAAGAGGCUAGGGAGGCGGCAAAGUUCGUCACAGUCACCAACGACCAGGACGGCUUUGCUCUCGUCUGCAACGAAAUCUGCGACGAACUGGAAGACAAAGAUGUCCAUGCGCCGCGGGCCGCAGUUUAG